GGUUGGUGGCCCACCUGACGUGCCCCACAACCAAACACAAUGGCCAUUUGGGGUUCUGAGGAAGCUCGGCGGCAAGCCUGUGGACGUCAAUGCUGGAACACACGCAGCCACAGGCCAGAACAUACAUCCCGAUUCUCCGACGACACGCGCAGACUCGGCGCCUCUGAUACCCCGCGGCUGCUAAUCGAGAUUGCAGGGCCCCAGUCUUUUCAGCCCGCCGACCUGGAAAGAUGGCGACGGAAAAGGACUAUCAGAUCGCACCGAUCGUGCCGGAGUCGGUCAUGUACAACACAAAGAUCCUCUCCAACCUCCAAACCCUGACCGCGUCGCUGUUUGGCGUUGGCGCCGGCAUCCUCGGCCUCGAGUCCUACUCGGGCUUCCUCUUCUACGUCGCAUUCACGUUCCUCUCGGCCGCCCUCUUCUACGGCCUCCGCGUCGCCCCCACCUCGCUCGCCGCCGGGAAGGGCCCCUUGGACACCAGCAGAUAUUUCCGUGGUCCCUACGAGGUGUGGACAAGCGGGCUGAUGAACGGCCUGGCUGGCUUCAUAUUGACCUGGACGCUGUUCUAUGGUCUGGUGCGGGCAUGAACAAGGAUGGUUGCGGGCACACCAGUUGCCCAUGGUUUUUGGUUUUCUGCAUUCUUGAGGAGUCGCUGGCGUCUGGGCUGGUGGGCAAUAUCACGAAAUUUUAUGUGCUUGUUUCACAAUGUUGUCAUUUGCGCUGAUCGGCAUAUCGUGAGAGCACUGGGCUCAACAAGGCAGGUUACGUCUUUACUUCAAGGAAAAUUACUAGCAUUCAUUCUGACAUAUAAUUACUUCGAGGCCACGAAAAACCAAGGGCCUCAUAAAAUCCAAAACCAAUGAAAGUCGCAUGAGAAGCCAACUAGAGUAUGACCAACUCUCCAACUCAC